AUGCGCUGGUCGCUGUCUCUUCACGUCCGCGCCUCCAUCUCCAAGUCCUUUCGUCGCAUUGAGUCAGCAAAGCAACUUGCUCGCAGAAUGACUGCUCUUCCCAACACCUAUGAUGGGCUCGUCCCAAUUGCUGUCAUCGGCGGCACCGGUCUGCGCGAGCUUCCAGGAUUCACGCAGGUUGCCUCGCUGUCCGUCUCGACUCCCUGGGGCGAACCCUCGUCGCCGAUCACCAUCCUGCACCACCAGUGCAAGCACAAUGACAAGACCGUCGCCGUUGCUUUCCUGAGCCGCCAUGGCCCUCACCACCAGAUCGCGCCCCACGAGGUCCCGGCCCGUGCCAACAUUGCCGCUUUGCGUUCCAUUGGCGUCCGUAGCAUCAUCGCCUUCUCCGCCGUGGGCAGUCUCCAGGAAGCAAUUAAGCCCCGCGACUUUGUCAUCCCCGACCAGAUUAUCGACCGCACCAAGGGUGUUCGCCCAUGGACCUACUUCGAGGGUGGUGUUGUUGCUCACGUUCCUUUCGGUGACCCCUUCGACGAGGGUAUUGCCAAGGUCGUGCGGGAGUGCGGUCACAGCCUGGAGGGAGAUGGUGUUGUUCUCCACGACCGUGGCACCAUCGUUUGCAUGGAGGGCCCGCAGUUCUCCACCCGUGCCGAGAGCAACAUGUACCGCGCUUGGGGCGGCAGUGUGAUCAACAUGUCUGUCCUGCCGGAGGCUAAGCUCGCCCGAGAGGCCGAGAUUGCCUACCAGAUGAUCUGUAUGUCUACCGACUACGACUGUUGGCACGACUCCGCCGACGUCACUGUGGAGAUGGUGAUGGGCAACAUGAAGGCCAACGCGGACAACGCGCGCCGCUUUGUCACUGCCGUGCUGGACGCUCUAGCCGGUGAGGAGCACAUUGAGCUGGUCCAGGCUAAGCACCUUGCUGGCUCCGUCAAGUUCGGUGUCAGCACCCCGCAGCCUCACUGGAGCCCCGAGGCCCAGAAGAAGCUGAACUGGUUGUUCCCGGGUUACUUCUAA